AUGUCGUCUCUCAGCGAUGAGGAGCAGAGCUGUAAGGACGAGGUGAUGAAGAUCCUGGAGGAAACACCGAGUGCCAGGAAAGCUCUGCUGGAGAACAACGACAACCUCCUGAGGGUGGCCGACUACUGCUACAACAACUACCUGCAGUCAGGUGACAACAGCAUAAAGGCGCUGGAGGAAACAAAGAACUUCACCACCCAAUCAUUGGCGAGCGUGGCUUAUCAGAUCAGCUCAUUGGCUGGCAGUGUGCUGAGUCUGCUGGACGCCCAGACCAAUCAGCUGCGGCACAUGGAGUCCUCCAUCAACCUGAUUGGUCAGACGGUGGAGAUGCACAAAGAGAAAGUGUCUCGCAGAGAGAUCGGCGUCUUCACGGCGGCAAGGAGAGUCCCGCGUAGCCACAAGAUCCUGCCACCACUACUGGCUGCCGGCUCACAGCCACGCCCCCCCUACAGCCGCCGGCCAAUCAGUUACCAGCAGCUGGACGGGCUGGGCCAUGGCAUGAAGGUCCCUGGGAAACAGGCGGAGCGAGCAGCGCUGAGCCGAUCCUCCAGCAGGUCAAGCAAACCCCCGGUGCAGUGCCCUGUGGCGCCCCCUGUCAGUGGCUCUAGUUUUGGGAAGCCUGUAGCUCCGCCCACCCUCCCCACCCCCCCGAAGAAUGACAUCAUCACCACGCUGAUGGAUGACGUCCUGCCUCCUUCUCCAGCAGCCAAUCAAAUGUCAGCUCAAGAAGAUGUAGUCACUAUUACCCCGCCCCCUCCUCCUCCUCCUCCUCCUUCUUCUCCCCCUCCUUCAGGAGAUCUGACCAAUCGCAGUGCUCCCCAGCCGGCCCCGCCCCUCUGUCUUGAGACAGUGGUGGAGGAGGGCCGCUUCCCCCCCCCUUCUCCCCCACCUCCUCCCUCUCAUGACGACAGCUUCCCUCCACUGACCAAUGAUGUCUCAGAGCUGCCGUCCCUGCCCCCCCCACCCAUCCAGGAACUAGACGAUCUAGAGCUCCCGGCCAUGCCCCCUCCUCUCUUAUUGGACGAUCUGGGUUUUUUUGAUGACAUCAUGCCACCCCUCCCACCACCAGUGGACUACAACACAAAUGCCCCCCUGAUGUACCUAGAGAAAGUGGUGGCGCUGUACAGCUAUGACGCCUCCAAACCCGACGACCUGUCACUCAGUGAGGGCGACAUCAUCUACCUGACACAUCGCCAUGACGACGGCUGGUGUGAGGGUUAUCUCCACGGCAACAGUGGCUUCUUCCCCGAAAACUACGUCCAAUCAUGUGGAUAGACUGAAGCCCCGCCCCCUGCCAGUGGCCAUGGGCACCAAUCAGUGUUGGCUAGUUAAUGAAUCCAUGGGUUACUAACAACCAGCCUGAGUUUGAUGUUCCUUCAUAUUUAAUAAUUCACCAGAAAUUAGGAUUGAUAAUUAAAAUAGUUUGAACUGAAAAUGCUUUUGGUUUCAGUUUCUGGAAUAUACAUUUGGCUGCACAUAAUGUAAAUAACACAAAUCCUAAUUACACUUUUCUGAUCGAGUUAACUCUUGAGAAACGCAUUUCUUUGCAUAAAAUAUCUGAUUAUUUUCAAAUCAAUUUAAAUUCACAACUGAAAAACUGUUAGAGAAGACUGGAAUUAGAAAAGUGAAAAUCAGGAAAGGAAACCUGAAUUAUAAAUGUAUAUUCUCAUUAAUUAAAUCACAAUGUGCAGAUUUAAUACUUUUAAUUUAUGAAUAAAAACACAUUUAUGGAGACUUUAGGAAUUAAUUAUCCCUAAAAUAAAUAUUUUAAAUAUAUUUCUCUGUUAGCACAUCGACUGAUGUUUUUAAUAUUCAAUAUUAUAUUUAGACUGAAAUGUAUUUUAGAGUUUCUAUUUAAAGUGUCUCUGCGCCCCCUGCAGGCCACCAACUCAAACUACCCCUGUUUAACAAUCUGUUUCUGGAACUGUUGCUUAUCAUUAAACAUGUGAUGUAUUAUUUUA